AUGAACCAAAAUUCUACCUCAAUUAAAGACAAUUGUGGCGGUACGUUAUUCGUGACCGCCAGUGCCACCUACGUACACGAGAACUAUUCAAGUGUUUUAAAUAAUUUUGAUCUUGGCUUGAUUGAAUUGGCUAAAGAUGCUGAAUAUAGUGUCAAGGUUUACCCAACUUGCCUGCACACUGAUCUUACGGAUCUGCCGGAUAACACCGAACUGAUUGUGACCGGUUGGGGAGUCACCGAAAAUAAGACAACUUCAGCUCGCUUGUUGGCAGCCAAGCUGAAUACGGUACCGCUUGCACAAUGCAACAUUAGUUAUGCCGAUCAGAUGACGUAUGAGACGCAGCUUUGUGCCUUUGCUCCGGGGCGAGAGGCUUGUUGGGGUGACUCAGGCGUCCCAUUGCAACUAGUCAAAGACAAAUCGUUGGGUAAAUAUAAAGUUGUUGGUGUCGUUUCAUUUGGUUUAGUUUGUGGCACAAAGUUACCGGGUGUCUACACAAAGGUGGCAGGGUUUUUGGACUUUAUCGAAAGCAUUGUUUGGCCUGAUGGCAGAUAA